AUGGCUCUCACAAAUUGCCUCACCGUUAUAGUAGUUUGCUUCCUUUGUAGUGUGAUAUGUAACGACGGCGUUGAAGCGUUUCAUGACAUAUACCCAAAUCUUCAAUCCAUUUCAGUGCGUUCUGUGAGCAAACUUCAUAGAACUGGAUACCAUUUUCAACCUCGCAGGAACUGGAUCAACGAUCCAAAUGCUCCCAUGUACUACAAUGGAAUCUAUCAUAUAUUUUACCAAUACAACCCAAAAGGAGCAGUUUGGGGUAACAUUGUGUGGGGUCACUCAGUAUCGAAGGACCUCAUCAAUUGGAAAGAACUUGAAACCGCCCUUUACCCAUCCAAACCCUUUGACAAAUACGGGUGCUGGUCCGGGUCGGUCACUAUACUGCCGGGUAAAGGACCCGUGAUCCUAUACACUGGAGUUGUUGACAAGCAUAUGAAUGAAGUCCAAUGCUAUGCCAUACCCGAGGAUGCAUCCGACCCGUUUUUAAGAAAAUGGGUUAAGCCCAAUGCCUUUAAUCCAAUUGUGGUGGCAAAACCCGGCAUGAAUGCUAGCGCGUUUCGCGACCCAACCACCGCAUGGUGGAGCAAGGAUGGUAAUUGGAGGAUGUUAAUUGGCGGUAAAAGGAAAAAUAGAGGAGUGGCCCUUUUGUAUAAAAGCAAGGAUUUUUUGAAUUGGAUCCAAGCAAAGCACCCGAUCCACUCAGCUCCAUCAACGGGUUUGUGGGAGUGUCCGGAUUUUUACCCGGUUUCUUUGAAAGGAAAAUAUGGGUUGGACACGUCUGUGAUUGGGAAUAGUGUUAAGCAUGUUCUCAAGAAUAGCCUUGAUUUGACAAGGUAUGAUUAUUAUACGGUUGGAACGUACCUUAGCAAUAAGGAUAGGUAUAUCCCGGAUAACACUUCUGAGGAUGGUUGGGGUGGCCUUAGAUAUGAUUAUGGCAAUUUUUAUGCUUCCAAGUCAUUCUUUGACCCAAGCAAGAAUCGGAGGAUUGUGUGGGCCUGGGCAAACGAAUCAGAUUCCAAAGAGGACGAUGUUAAGAAAGGAUGGGCAGGAAUUCUGGCAAUUCCGAGAACCGUUUGGCUUGAUUCAAGUGGGAGACAGUUGGUGCAAUGGCCUGUUAAAGAAUUAAACAGUCUUAGAGAGAAAGAAGUGAGAAUGAGCAACCAAAAGCUUAAGAAAGGAGAUUAUGUUGAAGUUAAAGGGAUUACCGCUGCCCAGGCUGAUGUGGAAGUUGUCUUCUCAUUCUCAAGCUUGGACAAGGCAGAAACAUUUGAUCCAAGGUGGGUGAAUGCACAGGAUCUGUGUGCACAAAAGGGUUCAAAGGUUCAAGGUGGGGUUGGGCCAUUUGGGCUUUUGACAUUGGCUUCAGAAAAAUUGGAGGAAUUUACUCCUGUGUUCUUCAGAAUUUUCAAAGCUCCAAACAAGCACGUGGUUCUCAUGUGCUCCGAUGCAAGAAGUUCUUCUUUGAAGAGAGAAUUGUACAAGCCAUCAUUUGCAGGCUUUGUAGACGUGGAUUUAACCAAUAAGAAACUUUCUCUUAGGAGUUUGAUUGAUAACUCCGUAGUGGAGAGUUUUGGAGCCGGAGGAAAAACAAACAUCUUGUCUAGGGUUUAUCCAACGCUAGCAGUGAAGAAGAAAGCUCACUUGUUUGUGUUCAACAAUGGUAAAGAGCAAAUCAAAGUGGAAAAGUUGAAAGCGUGGAGCAUGAAAUCUGCUCAUAUAAACUAA